UCACCAGUCUGCAUUCAAAAGUUGUAAAACAAAAUAGUUUUGACUGAAUCAGAAAUUGCUUAGCCUGAGCUUAUACCAAACAUUUAAAUGGAAAAUCCUUAUUAUCAAGAGGACGUAGUGGCCUACCGCUCGCUAAGCACGAUUAAGGGUCUGGAAUGGCGCCACUUGAAGACGAAAUGCCACAGUCUGCGCCUGAAUAUGGCCUACUCUCGAGCUUGGGAACUGUUAAUGCUAUCGAAUGUGGGUCGCUUUGUUUGGACAAUUGAGCUCUUGAUGAUCAUUCAUGUGAUACUCUUGCUCUCCACAGUUAAGAAUGUAGUAUUGGUAUCAUUGCUGCCCUAUUUGGUGAUUAUGUUCUUCACUCCAUUUAUUAUGCUUGGCAGCAUGCAGGAUAACGUUGGGUUCGUCUUCAAUGCGGUUGUUUCCUGGGUGAUGGCAUUUGCGCUAGUUCUAAUGGACAUCCUCUCUGAUCUUUUGGGAGCUGUGCAUCAGGGCUCCACUUAUCCCAUUGUGCCCUGCUACGAUCAUGUGGUGCUGGUCUGUGUCUACAUGAACUUACCCAUCGCAUUCUUCAAAGGCUACUGCGUUUAUAUCCUGGGCCUGGCCGUUUCCCUAGUGUACUUUGGCUACGUUUUAACUAUGCAAUUCCUCAACGAUAAGGUUUCGGCCGCCCUGCUCGGCUCCUAUGCGAUUUACCUAUUCAUCUUGAACCUGAUAUAUUCUUACUUCACCCUGAUUCGGGCAUACGACUUAAGACGCGCAAUACUGAGUCGCUACCAGUUGGUAUACCAAAACAUUGUCUAUCAGACGGUAUUAAAAAAGGAGAAUGCUCUACUAGAGUCAAUCCUACCACGCAGAAUGGUACGCACCCUGCAGAAGGAAAUCUGCAGCCGCAUCGAGGAUCAAAACCAACAUAUCAGUAGCACAAGAAAGCUAUUUUUGGAGCCUUACCCGGAGGUGUCCAUUUUGGUGGCCGACAUGGUAAACUACACGCAUUUGACAACGACUUUGGAGGCGCCGCAACUUGUGGGGAUCCUGCACGACCUGUUCGUGAACUUUGACCUGGCUGCCGAUCGCAAUCGGGCGAUGCGGAUCAAGUUCCUGGGCGAUGCCUACAACUGUGUGGCGGGCAUUCCCAAUUACUUUCCCGCCCACGCCGCCUGCUGCGUGGACCAAGCGCUGGACAUGAUCCACAUCACGCAGGAUCUGAGCAAUCGGCGCGAUCUGGCGAUCAAUCUGCGGAUUGGUGUGCACUCGGGCGAGGUGCUCGCUGGCAUCAUUGGGCAUGCCAAGUGGCAGUUCGACAUCUGGUCCAAGGAUGUGGAUAUCACCAAUCGGCUGGAGGCAUCUGGACUGCCGGGCAUGGUCCACGUCUCCCAGAGGACUCUAAACAUGCUGGACGACGACUAUGUGUUCAUUGAGGGCACCCAGGAGGCCAAGGAUGAUGUGGUACUGCAGGAAGCGGGUAUUCGCACCUAUCUGGUCAGCAGUCGCAUUGCCGAUCUCGAGGAGCCCGGAGAACUGGACAACCGGAUUAGCAACGCCUCGAUAAAUUCCUGCCACUUGAGCCACGACGGCUACUACGAGGAGAUCCAGAUCAAGGCGCAGCGCCAGAUGAUGAGGGAGGUGGAGCACACGGCACUGGGCUCCGGUUUCACCGAGUGCCGCAGGGACAGGUUCACCCAGAAGCGGCCCUUCAGCGAGGAGCUCAUGUUCAAUGCCCGCAUCUACUUCAUCUUGGGUGUGUUCCGCAGCUGGCGACGGGAGUGGGCCUUUCACAAUCUUCCCGAUCUGAUGAUGAAGUACACCAUGUUGUGGGUGUUCUUUGCUGGACUGGCUAUCCUCUUCAUGAACUGGAUCGUAAUAGCAAAAUACUCUGACCUCUUUGUCAUGCUGGGAGUCCUUAUCGCCCUGUUCAUCCUGUGUUUCCUGGCCGGCUACAAGAAACUCAGCCUGCAGCGCAGGCAACUCACGCCCAUGUCGCAGCCCUCGUUUGUCCUCAGCCGCUGGCUGUUAAGGAUCUCGGAACACAUGGAGGAGACGCUCUUUGUUAGGGUUCCUGUGGUGGUUGUGGUGCUGCUCCUCCUCUACGUAAUGUCCUCGCUGGCAGUGUUCUCCUGUGAUGUGGCCAAACUGGAGCUGGAGAUCAUUGAAGCCCACUUGUACAACGAAAUGUCCUAUGCGGAAUGCUUUUCGCCUUGGACGGUGACUUACUGUGUGGUUAUCGUGCUCAGCCUGUUGUUCGUCAUCAUGGGCUGUCCGCUGAUAAUCAAGACGAUGGUGGGUCUACUCAUACUCGGCCUCCACUUGGGCACGGUUCACUUCCACUACGGGUUCGCCUUCGAGAGGUCGGAGAGCACGGAUCUGGGCCUGAAAGCGGACUACGCGCACACCUGGUACCUGGUGGCGUUCUUUAUCGUUUUGGUUAUCCGGGAGCGUCACAUCAACUACCUGAAGAAGGUGGCCUACUUCAUGCGCGUCUGCUACGAGGACACACACACGCAGACGCAGCACAAGCUGCGCUCCAUCAAGAUCAUCAUGGCCAACAUCCUGCCCUUCCACGUGGCCGAGGUGUUCAGGGUGCGGCGACCCACCGAUCAGCUCUACUCCGAAAACUUCGCCAAGGUGGCCGUGAUGUUCGCCUCCAUCGAGAACUUCAGUGCGGGCACAAUGGGUCUGCGCAUCCUGCACGAGAUCAUCUGCUGCUUCGACGACCUCCUGGUCAGCUACCAGCUGAGGUACAAGGUCGAGAAGAUCAAGGUGAUGGGCUGGACCUACAUGGUGGCCUGUGGCCUCGAGACCGACCACUUCACCGACUUCUCGAUCGACAUUCCUGUGCGGCCGCCCGAAACAGAAUCGGAAGCGAGACGCAGAUCCAGCGUGCUGACUGUUCAUUUUGGAAGUACCGAAGAUGAUGAAAUUAGCGGAGAUACCGUCAGCCAGCCAUAUGCCCAAGUGCAAGAUGCCGCCGUCCUGGUGAUGACCGAAUUUGCUUUGGAUCUACUGCGCAUCAUGCAAGAUAUUCGCUAUAACCACGCGUUUUCCGAGUAUAAUUCGAUUUUCGACGGCAGCUUAAAGAUAGGCAUCUCCCAUGGACCCGUGAUGGCCGGCGUGGUUGGACUCUCGAAGCCGCACUACGACAUCUGGGGUCACACCGUCAACAUGGCCUCUCGGAUGACCUCCACUGGACUGCCGCACAACAUCCAGGUGACGAGGCACACGGCCAAGGUGCUGCGACAGUUCAACAUACGCUGCAAUUACCGGGGUCACACGGAGGUCAAGGGAGUGGGCAAGGUGCCCACCUAUCUGGUGGAACUGAACAAGGACAUGUCCUUCCACGACCACGAUCAAGUGAGCAUGAGCAUGAUGAGCUCAAAGGGAAUGACCAUCGAAACUGUGCCACUAACAUUUGCGCCGGACUAUGUGGCUUCCACGUCGGAGGAUGAGUCCGAGGAGGUGGCUGGAGAGGAUCUGGACGAAGUGGAGGAGGAGGAGGGAGGCCUCUUGUAUUAAUAUAUAUUUAUUUAAGCAUAUAUGUAACACACACAUAGAUAGAGAUGUAUUCGUACAGUUCAAAACAAAUGUUCUUCAUGAGGUUAAAUACG